GGGAGGGGAAAUGAAAGACCGUGUACUGAUAAAUACGCUGAUUCGGCUGGUGGAUCACAUAAACAGUUUACUCUUACAGCAUAUCUUCUGCUCCAGAGGGUCAAGAGAAAAAACCUUCACAAAGUUAUACUCUGGACAUUAACUGCAACUUUGAAGAUCAGCAAUCACUUGAGAUUGAGGUAAUACUGUCAUGGCUAACAAGCUGGCUUCCACAGAGGAGAACUUGGAGCGGAUCCUGGCAGUGGAAAGCUUCUUCGGUCCGUCUGGGAAGCCCCUGAAGAAACCAGGCCGGGUCCUGGUGGGUGAGGGGUGUUUGAUGAAGCUCUGCCGGCGUAGCCCCCAGCCCCGGAUCUUCUUCCUGUUCAAUGACAUCCUAGUGUAUGGCAGCAUUAUCGUCAAUGGGCGCUGGUACACCACCCAGCAGGUCAUCCAGCUGGAGGACAUUAAGGUGGAGGAUCUGGAGGACUCCCCAGACAUGAAGAACCAGUGGCUCAUCCGCACACCCCGCAAGUCUUUCUAUGUGUCGGCCGCCUCGCCCCAAGAGAAGCAUGCCUGGAUCACGCACAUUGAGGAGUGUCGGGCCAAGAGGUUGAACGAAACGGGCCAGGCUCCUGGGGAGACCCUCGCCCCUGCCUGGGUCCCUGACAGCGCCUCGGCCAUCUGCAUGCGCUGCUGCAGCAAGUUCACAGUCACACAGCGCCGCCACCACUGCAGGCAGUGUGGCUACGUGGUCUGCGGCUCCUGCUCCAGCAAUCGCUUCCUCAUCCCCAACAUCUCUUGCAAGCCCGUGCGCGUCUGUCUGGUCUGCCACCCGAUCCUGCAAGCCAGCAAUUCCAUCCGCAAGCGCGGAGACAGUGACGGGAACAGCUGGUCGGACGAGAGUUCCAGCGAUGAAGACAGCCCUGAGCUCGACAAGGACCCCUUACCCCAGCAGUGGGUGGGACAGGAGAACAAUAUUUUACAAGGCUGGUCGUCCUACAGUGAUAAAUAAGCAUGCCAAAAAUCAUACCUUCAAUGCAAAUAAAGAUACAGGCACUUCACCACUGCCAGUCAUUGACUACCUUAAGGCUAUGAACAAAUGCUAUUGAGUGUUUACAAAUAAUUUCAAAUGAGCUGCCUUGAACUGAGGCUGGGCAUGAUCUACAAAUGAAAAGACAUUCUGAACUUUAAAAAAAGAAACACUCGGACAAGACGUUUUUUUACAUGGGAAAUUUUGUUAUUCCAUCACAUUAUAAAAACACCUAAAAUGUAAGAUUAUUUAUUCCACAGAGUACAGAGUAUAUAUUGCAGCAAUGCAUUUGAGUUGAUAUUCACUAAUGUUGGAUGUUUUCCGUUUUUAUUUUUUAUUUGUAUCACACAACAUUAUGUUUGUAUCGAUGUAUCACAGGACUGCGAUGGCAUAUGCACUUUAUUAUAUUUUAUCAUCACUUAAUCAUAUUGUAUGUAGUAUUGCAUAUUUAUAUCAAUAAAAAUAUUAUUCAUACUGA